AUGAAGUGGUUAACAAACUGUAUUAAUAGCCUUUAUUCUUCUUCAUGUACAAGUGAAUUAGCAAGUACAACAUUACCACCUAUGAACAUACAAGAACUAUCGCCUGUCGUACCAAUUGAUUGUAAAGGAUGCACGAAACCAUGCGCACACCCGCCAUUACCACCCAACUUGGGCAUUGAUCAAUCAAAACCUUUACAUAACACAAUACCACCUUAUGCUAUUCAUAUCCUUAUCAUGACAGGCAAAUCUAACUGGCCUGCUCAUAUUGAAGAUGAAGGAUUGGCACACGCAUUUAUUAGGGCCAUAAGAAAGCGAAAAGGCACAGAUCAACGACCCUUUGAGAACAGAUAUCAUCCUGCUUUUGCUGCAGAUGAUAGUCAGCGUGUGAUUGUGACCAAUUGUUCUUUGCCUAGUGUGCAUUCCACACGAGGCACAGACAUUCUUUUGUUGCCUGAUAACAUUAUCAUUUCAAACAUAACACCCAAAAGAGUCGAUACACUGUUAGAUUAUAUCUUUGGAAAGCCUUGUUAUCAUGCAUUUUCAACGUAUUCAUUUCCUUAUUCAAGCUUGAUCUUGGUAUGUGGUCAUGGUAAUAAAGAUCGACGCUGUGGAACAAUUGGUCCUAUUUUACUUGAAAGUCUUGAACAAGCAUCACAUCAAGCAGGCGAAGAGUCAACUAAAGUUGCUCUUGUGAGCCAUUUGGGUGGUCAUGCGUUUGCAGGAAACUUGGUUGUCUAUACUUAUCAUGGACGCCGAGCUAUUUGGUACGGUAGAGUGACACCAUGUUACUGCAAAGAUAUUGUAGAGAAUACGCUGGAUGAUAACAAAGUAAUCGAGGACCUUGUUCGGGGCAUAUUUGAAGUUAAAUCAAAACCAAAAAUAUGCCAAGCGACCCUUGAAUGGUGA